UUGCAUCAAGUGUCUUUAUGUAUCUGCCUUCGUCAGUAAUUUCAUUUAGAAUAUUGAAAGCUGCUUUAGUUUCAAUAGAAAAGUGGAGUUAACAGUAACAUUAGAAUUUUUAAAUGGAAUUACUAUUUAUGUAAUUGUGAUACAUGUAAUUAAUAAUUAAAAUAACGACACAAACGAAGUGUUGCUGGUGGACAGUAAGCACCAAAACAAUCCAUAAACAAUCCAAGGCCUUCAACUGUGAUUUUAAGCUGGUAUCGUUAUUUUGCGUAAUCAUAAAUUAUAAAGUCGCUAAUUAGUGUAUUAGCCGGAGAUUUCAAUUUAAAUAUAAAACUAUAGAAAUAGUCAGCAAAAUGUUUAACCUCAACACACCUUCGUCACUGCUGGGCAUCGAUGGAUGUGGGCUUAGCUCUACACCGAAAACGCCUGAAAUUGUUAACUCACUGAUCGCAAUGACAAAUCCAAUGGAUAAUUAUAACUUUUCGGCUUUAAAUAAUGGAUCAGCUGCAUCGACGCCUGGCAGCGCAGUCUCUAUGCGUAACUUAAAUGGUGGUGUCCCGCACGCCCAGAUCAUUUCGCAGGAUAGUAGUCAUUCCAAUUCUUCUACUUCACCAAUUGACUCACCAGGUGGAACGAAUACCACACCAAGUGUUCAGCAGACCUGUUCGCAACUUAUCAAAGCUGGGCUCAAGCUUUCCAUCCAAA